GUGGACACCAAGGGCUCACUGUGUAUAUGUGUGUAACUGUGUAUGUGUAUGUAUACACACACACACACACACACGUGUAUAUAUAGCAUGGGGUCUUUAGAUGCAGUUCUUUGGGACGUGCCUUAAAUGGCGUCUCCCUUUUUCUCCACCAUCUUACUCUCCCCUUGCUUCUCCUUAUCUGCCCCCCUCCAUCCAAUUGAGGGAGGCCUUGGGUGGCUGCUUCCGCUUGGCUCUCAUCCCUUCCCCUUGAAGACUUGGUUGGGUCCAGGGGGGAUUCGUACCCCACUUGCCUCCCCCUCCGGCUUCUCGCUUUGCAAAGGCUCCCAUUUCCUGCCCUGGCCUCCUCCGUCCCAAACAAAAUGGCGAAGCCCAAUAUGGCCGAGGAAGGGAAGAGACAGGGACAGGCUGGGAGAAGCGGAGAGAGGGCCAGGCUGGGAGCUGUAAGGGGAAGGAAGACGGACCGCGUUUGCCAGCAGCCGGGACUCUCGCUCUGGGUUCCUUUCCAGAAUGCUGCCACCGCUGUCACCAACCUCUACAAAGAAAGCGUGGAUGCCCAUCAGCGGAGUUUCGAUGUAGGAAUACACAUUGGCUAUCAGCGUCGCAACAAGGACGUGUUGGCUUGGGUUAAAAAGCGCAGAAGAACUAUUCGCCGAGAAGACUUAAUCAGCUUCCUCUGUGGGAAAGCUCCUCCUCCACGAAACUCUAGAGCUCCCCCAAGACUGACUGUAGUAUCCCCUAACCGAGCUGCUUCGACAGAAACUAGCUCCUCGGUAGAGACGGACUUGCAGCCUUUCAGAGAAGCCAUAGCUCUCCAUGGUCUUAGUGGUGCAAUGGCUAGUAUAAGUGUUCGCUCGAGUACCCCGGGCUCGCCCACUCACGUGAGCAGCGGCUCCAAUGGCAGUCGAAGGAGAAAUGGACUCCAUGACGUUGACUUGAACACUUUCAUAUCCGAAGAAAUGGCACUCCACUUGGACAAUGGUGGAACUAGAAAGCGUACCUCAGCCCAGUGCGGUGAUGGCAUUACGGACUCCCCAACCCAUAAACGCAAUCGUAUGAUCUAAAUGGCAAAAUCUUCUAACCCCCCCUUGCCCUCCCUCACCCCGCCAUGCUGCUUGAAAGCCACGUGAUUCUCAGCAACCUGCUGGGAAAACAAACCUGAGGCUCUCUCCUCCCAAGUCAUUAAAAAAAAAGAGAGAAAUCAAUAAUUGCCAUAAAGGAAAGCUUACAUACUGACAGUAGAUUCUUCUUGUAACUACAGCUUUCUUCAAAUUAGAUUCUUUAGCAGAGGACUUCCAAUGUUGUGUAGUAGCUAGCAAGUUCAUCGCAGGCAGAACAUGCAUCUGUUCCAAGGCUAAAAGUGACCUUACUUGUACUCUUAAAGGGAAAAAAGGAAAUAUCAGACAUUUAUUUGGAUAUAGAAAUGCUUUUUUGUCCUUUAUUUCUUGCUGUGUUUAAAUAUUUGCUUCAACAGUAUUGCCAUUUUGACAACUGUGUCAAAAAAAAUGACUUGGCAUGUCAGAACCUGCAGGCUUCCUUUUGAGAAUAUGUAUGUCUAUAUAUACGUAUAUAUCUAUAUAUAGAUACAUGUUUUCAUUAGUUCAUUCAUUCUCUUAAAAGCUCUACUGGGCACAUGAUUUCUAUAUAGUAAGUGUGCAAGUUAUAAUAAGUAUUGGCCUGUACCCUCUUCUAAUAUUCAGAAGCAGUUGACGGCAGAUGUGUGUAAAGAGGUUCUGUGAUGGUUAUGCAAUGGAUACUAAAUCAGUACUGAAAGGCUCUUUGUUGGAUUUGUUUUGUGUGUGGUAACUCUGAAGUAGCUGCACCGGUUUCUUCUCUCCCUCCCCACUCCUGCUGCACCUUUCCUCCCUCCUCCCUAAGACUUUUUAAUUAGAAGUUAUUUUCAGUUGAUAGUCUAUCAUCAUUUGAACGUUAUCUUAUAAGCGGACACCAGAAUUCUGCACUAAUGCCAGAGAGAGAAGCCUGUUCUGUAGUGGCUUAGUUGCGGCAGGUACGUAUUGUACACUUGAUACAAAGAAAAGUGAAUUUGUGCAGGAUGAGUGGAAGGGAAAUGGCUGGGUUGGAUGUUGUGUUUUUCCAUUAUGAUGAGGUAUCAUGUCUUUCAGGUGCUUAAAGAAGUUUCCACAAUGAUGCUUGUGUGGUGUAGCUUUCUCUCACGAUUGGGGUGAGAGGUCUGGGGCCUUUGGGGCUCCAUGAGUGAAACUUCAUGUACAUUCGUAUCGGGUAGCUUCAGUGGGAGGUGCCCCAAAGGCAGGUUAAGUACCUCCCUCAAAAAAAAAAAAAGGGCUUUGUGUUUAAGCUGGUGAAGAAAUGAAAUAUGAAGAAAAGGCAAAGUUCUCUUGGCCCUGGCAUGUUCCCUCUGGUGCUCUUGGUAAAGCAGUUUUCUCAGCCUCCAUUCUCAUAAAGUCAGACACCUGGCACAUCUGUCACUUAAACAAGCCACAAAGAAUGCUUGAGGGGAGCCUUGGAGGAGGCCAGGGCAUAAGGGCUUAAAUUGUGCGCCUGUGGGAAAAGAAUCCAGUGAGAGUAGUUGGUGGCAGAAGGCUCCAGACAUGUUUGGUCCUCAAAAUUUGUCUUUCCUUAAAUCCCAGGUGAACAGUCUCCCAACCCGUUCCCUACUGCUUAAGGUGUUCUAGGGAUUCCAGCUGGUUUUGCACAGCUUGAGUAGCAAGUCAUUCAGUCUGCUCAGCCCAACCAUGCCAGGAACCUUUGGCUGGAUCUUCUUUGAGUGCUAUUUAGUCAGAUGCAAACACAGUUGGGUGUCCGUUGCCUAUGGUGUCUUCCCCACUUUGCUUAAGAUUGUCUGAACAAAAGCUGUUCCAUUUUGGGGUGGGGAGAAGAGUACCGAGGAGGUCUGAGUUUCAGGAACACAGACAGGUACUGGAGGCAGAGCUGGAUUUGGGGGUGCGAGUAGAUCCCCCAGGUGAGUGGCUUUUUGAGUUUGCUGCCUGCAGCCUUGUAGUCUGCUUGCAAGCGUAGAAAUCCUUGUCGUUAUCAUUUGAGAAGUUUCAGUUGAAGCAUGAGAGGUGGCCAUCCACCUUCUGAAGCCACAAAGAUGCACUGCAAUAAACACGUUUCUUUCC